GAUUCAGAAAACUGCUCUAUAGGAAAGGAUUGUACAUUUUUGUCGACCCAGAUUCCUAAAAAGUUGGGAAUAAACGAUUCAUUUUAAUAAUUAAUUGUUGAAGGAAAUAGGGUAAAUAAUAAUAGAGUUAAUAACUGAAUAUAUGAGAGGUGAAGAAUUGUCAAGAAAUUUGCAGUGUUAAUCAUUGGAAAUAAGCCUAAUGUUCGAAUAAAACUAUAUGUGUAAUAAAAGUGUCAAGUUUUGUCAAGUUUAUCGGUCAUGUUAAUAAUGUUUGUUUCCAAUCUGUUUCUUAGUGGUUAAAUAUUCGUCCGUUAAUCAUGUUCUUAAUUAAAAAAUAUUGCAGUUUUCGAGUUUAACAAAGCCAAAGAGGUCAACAUUUAUAAAGAUUUUGCAAACUGUGAAAUUGAUUUUAAUCGUUAAAAUAUUAUGACAAGCAACGAAGCAAAAUCUAGCGGAGGCAUGAGGAACUUGGGAGGAAAUUUCUCGAGAGUUAAUUCAAAGAUGAAGAGAACGAAAAAGCCUAAAUGCAAACUUGAUUCGAACAAUUGCCUCAAUUUGAAAGAUGUCUUGCUUUCAUUCAAUGGACCAAUAAGCCAAGAACAGGCCUGGGCAUUAUGCUAUCAAGCUGCUAAAACAUUUCUAAAUCUUUCACAAAAUGAAUAUCGCACAUUAUCCGAUUCAUCUCAUCUUUUAUUGCACAAGGAUGGAAGUGUUCAAAUGGACUUUGAUAGAGAUUCCAGUUGUUCACCUGUUUCGGAAAAGGAACUUGUAUUCUCAUUGGGUUUAGUCAUUUUUGAUGCGUUAGAUUUUGGAUUAGAAGAAGAGGAAGAAAGACCAAUUUCUCCAGAUUUAAAUACACUUAUAAGUUUAAUGACGAGUGACAAUCAAGAAUGUCGGCCCGAGGAGGAAAGAUUACAGGAAACAGAUGACGAAGGAAUAGAACGAGAUUCGGGAGAAACGGAACUCGAUGAUUUAAUAGCACAGAAUUCAAACGGUUCUUAUUCCAAUGAUAUGAAAUUGUGUUCCCUUCAAAAUGUUCUACUUAUGUGCGAAAGGCAUGUGGGCAAUAAUGAACAAGCAGAUGCACAUUAUCAGGCUGUAAUUCGAGCCUUUGUAACAGAGGCUCUGGAAUUAUCGCAGUUUCUCGAAAAAGUGGCCUACGAAAAGCAGAAAUCAAAUUUUCGUGAUUCAAUCACGGGAGAUGGUACAAAACACUGUGAUACAGUUUGCGAAUUAACUUCACUUGAUUUCGCGGACUGGGCAAGGUUCUGGGUUCAAGUAAUUGGAGAGCUGAGAAGAGGCGUGAAAUUGAAGAAAGUGGAAGACGAUUUGGGUCGACGAAAUUCCAUUCGCGGCAUGGCGAAAGGAGCAGAAUUUGAACUAACGCCGUAUGAAAUACUUAUGGAUGAUAUUCGAAAACGACGUUAUCAUUUGAAGAAAACACCUGAACCGAAACCACAAAUCAGAAAAGACGCACGUGCAAUUAUUCUCGAUUUCAUUCGGAGCAGGCCUCCUUUAAAAAAAGCAUCUGAGAGAAAAUUGGCACCACUGAAAAGGGAAGCUACCUUACGAGAAUUGCUGAUGGAGAGUAUCAAGAAACCACCUAAACCUCUAAAGAAAAUUAGAGUUCGCAAUUCUCCUAUUAUUGAAAUGGCAUUUGAAAAUGCUCACGCACAAGAAGCAUCUGUGAUUGAAUCGUCGAAAAGGUCGCAGGGAAAUCUCGAAAGUGUUGACUCGACAACUAGACAGCCUAGAAAAUUAAUUCCAGUGGAUUUUGAUCUGAAACUCGAUGGCGAGGAAGAUGAUGAUGACAAUGAUGACGAUGACUUUGAAAUUUCCAAGUUCGAUGACGACGACGAUGAUGACGAUGAGGAUGAUAAUUCCUCAAAUUAUUGGCAUUCCAAAGAGCGUUACGCGUGUGGCAAGGGAAAACUCACAAUGGACCUUUGCGAGGAUUGUCACGAUGAUGAUGACGAGAAGGAUUCGGCGAAUCCCUGGCGGAAAACUGGAAAGCUUCGUCUCACGAAAAACGAGUAUCAUCGAUUCUGUGACGCGCAACUUGAAUCUUAUGACUUGGCAACGCAAUGUCCGUCGAGAAGAGCGUCUGCCAGAAAACACGCGACUCGAGGAAAUAGUUUAGUACUUCCGUCGUUUUCCGGCACAACUUCUCUUCCACAUUCUCGGCCGCACAGUCGUCAACAGACAGCAGUAGUCGGCACAAAUUCAAGUCCAGGUGUGCACAGUCCAAAUGUGAGCUUGAAUAUUAGUCCAAGACUGAGUCCUCAGCCAAGAACGAGGCCCGUUCCGAAACCUAGAGAGAGUAUCGAUAGUGAACUUAAUUCCAAUUCAAAAGACUGGGAGAAGGAAAAUUCUGAACAGAAACCGUCUUUAAAUGACAUGUUCCUUGAUGAUCGACUUUCGUUGACAUUAGAGGAGAUAGUUCACAUACGAAGUGUUUUAACAAAAGCGGAAUUGGAGUCUUUGCCAGUCGAAGGCCGAGUGAAGGAAGACGUCGAAAAGAGGCGGGUUUGCUUUUUGUGUUUGAAAACGAGAUUCGGUAUUCUUGGUCCUUGGGGUCAACGUUGUCGCCUCUGCGAGAGAACCGUCUGUGUUAAAUGUUACACCAAGAUGAGAAUUCCAACGGAACAUUUUUCGCACGUGCCAGUUGUUUUACUGUCUCCGGGCAUUUUACUUUCGCCAACGACUUCCGAACCUGAAUCCGGAAAGAAUUCCUGGCUGCGGGCUUCCGGAGCCGUUGGUUCUGCACCAGCAUCGCCAGCAUCUCGUCGUCGAGACUCAAAUUUGAGAAGCGCGACUCCAUCAAGUCCUUUAGUGACGCCUAGUGCUGUUCCCACUGCUGAGUCCACUCCAACUUCACACUCGAAACCGGAACAUCUUCACAGUUCCGAAAAACGACGCUUUAAACCGACUGGCAGUCCAGCAAAAUUAUUCAACACCGCGACAUUUGGAAGUCUCGGGGGCCUGAGUCCAGAGCAACGAUUGAUAGCGGAACGAUUAAGAGGAGUAUCAAUGGUAGUUUGUCACGAUUGUCGAAUUAUGGUAGUUCAAAUAAUCAAGAGUUCGCGAAAUACACGAGCCACUAUACGCAACAAUGUUAUUUCACGAUUAACUCUCAAUCUCUCACCUGCAUACGUUUAAAAUUUUAACAUCAAAAAAACAACAAACAAAAUGGAAUCAGUUAAAAUAUGUUGAUUAUUGUUUCCAAAGAAAUGGAAAAAAAUCCAAUUUUCAUCCCUCCGCUUGAAAGGAAUAGAAGCUGAUCCGCUUCCAUAACAGAGAUGUUCGCCAAUUACCUUAAUUUAAACAUAAACUGUCACGGAAAAGAAAGAAAGAAAGAAAAUUCGAAUUUGUUAAAGUGAAAUAAUUUGGGAAUUAUUUUUCUUUGCAUUUGUAUUUUUUGUUCAAAAUUUGGCAUUUUAAAUAUUAAGGACAGUUUUUAAAAUUUACGCUUCGUCUAAAUCUAAUUUUGUACAUGACUGGAUUUAGUAAAUCUGUCACGUCACAAAUAAUUAAGAUAGUAGUUAGAUAUGAAAAAAAAAUAUAUAUAUAUGAAUACAUGUAGAGAAUAUAUUAUAUGACUAAACUCGUUCGAAAAUUCGUGAUUGAUCUGAAAGAUUAAAAAAAUAAUAUCAAAACAGUUUUUUUGAUCACGAUUUUCCAAUGAGGCUUACUGUUUAUUGAAUCAGUAUGACGAUUACAAAAUGUUGUAAAUGAAAUGUUCAAUAACCAUCUCGAUCACCAAUUAGGUGGUAAAUUGUCUUUCAAGUUUUACUUUUUUUAAUAUUUCCAGUUACUCUUCGAUUCCCUCGAAGGAAUAUCUUUAUAAAAAUCAGUUUCCAAAUAUGAAAAAACUUUAAUAUCGAUUGAUGAUAUUUAAUAUUUUCCAAUAGUUUCAAAUUAAAAAAUCAAAGAGUGGAAAAUUAAUUGUUAACAUAAAAGUAGGAAACUAAUUAAAAUAAUUCGAUUUUUAAAAAAUACUCGAAAGUAUGAAACUUGAGAAUAAUGCGAAUUUUAAAAAAUUGGAAAACUAUUUAUUAUUUAUUGUUAUUUAUUAUAUUUGUUAUCUUUAUUAUCUUUAUUAUCUUUAUUAUAUUUAUCAUUAUUUAUUAUUUAUUUAUUAAUUAUUAAUAACAAGAAAAGAAAAAAAAUUUCCAUUAAAAAAAGUAAAAUUUGAUGGACAAUAUCGAAUCCCCAUCAAUACAAUCAAAAUGUUCUUGUUUAAUUAAUGUGGGAGAUUAUUGAAUCGAAGGAAUAUGAAGGUAAACGAAGUUUCUUCGGAAUAAAAUUGUUUGGAAGUUUUGAACUUUAAUAUUCGAAAGCAUGUUGCUUCCUGAAUAUUAUUCUGAAUAAACUUCGAUAUUGGAUUGAUGAGUACAAUUGAAAUACCUCAGAGUCGUACUGUCUUACGCGGAUUGAUACGAAUGGUUAAUUAAAAAAAAAGCUGGUUAGCUUUCUUCCAAUUUUUCUUUCACAUAAUUCCAUAUAAUGUGAAAUUUACAUUUUCUUCCAAAAAAUAAAAUUUAAACGGCACGCACUACCCAUAUCAUUAAGAGCAAUUUAAAACGAAUGUGUCAAUAUUAGAAAAAUGAGAAAUAGUGAGAAUUCAAUGUGUUCUGUUUCUAUAAUUCAAUAUUUAUGGGUUUUUGUAUAAUUUAUUUAAGAUUUAGUUAUCAAAACAUUCGAAUUUGUAGAAUGUUUCGAAAAACAGUUGUUGUUUUUAAAAGUCUUUGUAGACAAAUAAUUUUGAAAUAUUUUUAUUGAUUUUAUAUUUUAUUAUUUAGAGAUCGUUUUUAUUUAUUGAGAGAAAACUUUUUAUAAAGGAUCGUUGAUCAGAGCGUUCGAUCAUUCGUUUUUGAUCAACUUGAAAUAUCAAUGUUAACUUUUCCAGCUAGUCCCUGAUAUUGUUUGUAAAAUGUCAUCGACUUAAAAAUUUAGUGGUCUAGAAGAAAAUUUAUUGCUAAGAAAGAACAGAGUGAUGAAUAAUUUUGUUGAGAUUCUAAUGGAGACCCGAAACUGUUUUAUUUAUUGUUUAUUAUAAGUUUCAUAUUUUAUUGUAUAUGUAGUUUUAUUUUUAAGUUUUUUGAAAAAAUCGACUUUUACUAAUUUCUUGUAUAAAGUUGGUUUUUAGUGAAUUAUUUAUUUGAAGAGCGAUAUUUGAAUUGAGGACCAAGAGAAUUAUGUAAUUUAGCUUUUGUUUAUUUAUUUGAUAUAUAGUUUCCAGUUAUCGGGUCAAGCGGCCUGACUUGCAACGUACAAAUAAAUCUCUUCUCUUUAUUAAUUUUGAAAAGUGUAUAUGUAUAUACUAGGUAUUAUAAUUCUAUUUUAAUGAAAUCCUGUAUACUGUAUAGUAUCGAACAACUCAAAUAGCAUUUAAUGAGCAAUUAUUUAUAAAUUUAAUUAGAUGACUAUUAGAGAAUCUAUAUGGAAAUAUAUUAUUUAUUUUUUUGUAUGUACCUCUUUCUGGCAGAUUGUAAUCGAGACUUUAGGUGUACAUAAUAAAAUGCAUCGAUGCUACCGUUA